AUGAAGCUUCUUCAUAUCAAUACUGGUCAAUUGCAUGUCUUCAACUUCCCUCCACCUGUGCCUUACGCCAUUCUUUCUCAUACGUGGUCAUCGCCAGCCGAUGACGAGUGGACCAAGUACGACAACAACGACAACACCAACGCUCUUAUCAGGACCGACAAAUCCGCAAUCCACGUCAUCAUUGAAAGGUUUUGCCACAUUGCGCAAACUCAGAAUUAUGAAUACGUCUGGAUCGAUGCCGCCUGCAUUGACAAAGCUUCUAGCGCUGACGUCUCGGAGAACAUCAAUUCACUACCCGGGUACUUGAGGAGAGCUGGCGUUUGCAUCACGUUCCUGGCCGACCUCCGGUGCGGGCCAUCCCUGCCUUGGAAGGAUACCUGGGCUCACUGCCAAUUCUGGAAUCGGGCUUGGACACUCCAGGAGCUUCUUCUACCGGUCAGAGUCCAAUUUUACGAUGCUCAGUGGCAUCUCAGAGGUGAGCGGGCGACGGCACCGCUGCCGGCGUUGAUCUCCAUGACCACUGGCAUCGACCAGGACAUCCUAACUCAACAGCGGAGCUUGUGCAAGACAGCCGUCGCGCACAGGAUGACAUGGGCAUCCCGUCGUAAGGGGACCAGAUCUGAGGAUGUCGCAUAUUCCCUAUUAGGAGUCUUCGAUGUUCGCAUGCCCGCUGUGUAUGGAGAAGGGGCACGCCGUUCCUUCCUUCGUCUUCAGGAGGAAAUCCUCAAAUACUCCAACGACGCAUCACUGUUUGCCUGGACCAGCCACGGGAAUGAGAACAGUCGAGGGAUCUUCGCAGAAUCUCCUGUAGAAUUUGAUAACUUCAGCGAGUCACCUGCGGCUCGUUUUCCUGGAGUCUUCCGUGGUUUUGCAGCGUUGACUAGCAAAGGUGUGCUCGUUGAGGGCCAGGUUACCAAGCACGGCGAAUCCGUUUUCCUUGAUCUCGGUCUACAGCUCCACGACGAUGACACUAAUGAGCAUCGCGGGAUUCUCUUUCGAAAGAAAGCCGAUGAUAUUUAUGAACGCAUCAUGCCAAACACACUUCCAGGGCUACCUACGGAAGGAAAAUCAACAACGAUGAGAAUUAUUAUCUCCGGGAGCCGGUUCGAAGCCACCAAAAGCACGGAUACCCUUUUCGACCCAGAUUCCAAUUCGACGGAAGAGGAAUUCCAUGUGGUAUCGUCUCCUCAAGAUACGUCGCUUCUUACUGUCAACAGAUCGCCGACAUCUGAGUCUGAGGCGGUAUCUACCUGCAUUUCAGCCUUAACCGCAAAUCCGCCUAGCCCAAGAAUCAAGGCCGCAGAAGAGCCUACCUGGGUGGAAGUCAGUAAAGUUUAUGAAUACGACGAUGGCAGUUUCUCUGAUGACGACUACGGUUCUUUGGAGGCAUCGAAGCAAACACAGCUUGGUGACGACUGGGAUUCAUCAGUAUCCGUGGCGUCUGUCGACUCCCAGCCAACGACAGUAGCGAAUUCCCCUGCUCAGGUGGAAGCACGACUUGAUGUCCAUCAAUGCGACUUCUUCGACAAGUUCGACAGUGGAGUUCCCAAAAAAGAAACGCUCGACAAUAUUCGUAUACCUGGAGACUUCCUCGAGGCACGACUCGCUCAAACAAUGUUGCGCAGGUUUUCAAUCUUCCUGGAGACCGAGAAUCACGUUAUUGAGAAGCGACUGAGACGCAUCAAACGAUCGAAUGAGCAAGGCCGCCCAUCGAUAGGGAUUCAUUCCCGGGCGAUUCUCCAGGAAUUUGCUUGCCCGUUCUUCGCAAAGGACCCCGAUAGAUAUGUCAAUUGCCUCAAACAUCAUGAGCUCAGAAGUAUGGAUGAUGUGAGGCGGCAUAUUCUACAACACCACCGUCUGCCAUUCUACUGCCCAACAUGCAAGAAUGCAUUCGGUCUGGCAUCUGCUCGCAACCAACAUAUCAUUGGUCGAACCUGCGAAUUUCUUGACGAAUUCCCUUUUGAGGGCAUUUCCGAAGAUCACAGGAAGUUCAUCGCCAAUACUCGGUACAUCCCUACAGAAGAGUCACAAUGGCACCAGACGUGGCGAAUUCUGUUUCCGCAUUUGAAAGCCCCAGCUUCACAUCUUCGAAGCGGCCCAGGGCUGAAGGUUUCGAAGUUCAGGGCCUUCUGGCAUAGACAUGGUCAGGCUGUACUUGAGAAGGCCCUUUCUCAAACCAUGUCGACGGAAGCCACGUCAGAGUGGCACGAUGCUCAACUCCUAUCUUCUAGGGUCCUUUCUGAAGCCAUCACAGCUUUGGUCCAGGAUUCAUGA